AUGGCAACACAUAACUUCGACCUACCAAAUUCUGAGCAACCAAUUCGUUCACUUGUUGCACCAACUUCACUUUCGCCUUCACCUAGUUUAGUACCAAAUUGCCUCAGCCCGACCUCUACAAAUGAAGAAUUGUGGACAGAAAUAAGAUCACUUAAUCAGAGGCGUGCGAAGUUAGAACAACAGCGUAUUAGAGAAGAAAAACGACUUGGAAAAAAAAAAGCAGUACUACCUGAUUAUCUAGUGUGCGCCAUUUUUGGUCGUUACCUUGAAGAUCACGAUUUCCGGAAGAAAUUUUAU